CGCAGUCCGCACGCGCUGCCCGCGCUUGUGCCCUGCACCCCUUCACUUUCUGUCGUCCUCCGCGUCAUGUAGUCCUUUAGGUUGAGAAAACAUUACAGUGUUUGUCUCCACUAUAUAGCCGGUGAUUCAUUCGUUGUCCCUUACUUAGAAUAAAGGAGAGUGUUAUUAUAAGCGACAUGUUUCCAUAAAAUAAAGCUGUGAAUAGAGAAUCCCUCCGCCUAUGCUGGUGAAGCGGCCGUGUUACCUCAGUGCGCAGAGGAGGGCGGACUGGUCUGAGGAGAUUCCUGUGAGGUGAUCGGUGCAGGGCCGGGAACGCAAAACAAUGCAAAUGGAACCCAAGCCUGUCAGAAGUAUGGAUCUAGUGGAACGCAUGUUUCCGGAGCGCGCAACCCAGUUUCUUGUUGAUGAUGGAGCCAACUAAUACAACAAUCCUAAAAGAUCCAGCAAGGGACGCAGAAUCUAUGGCUGAUGUUACUUCAAGACAUGGGCCUGACAUGGAGCAAUUAGGUGAACAAGUGAUGUCUGCAAGCACCACACAGACAUCCAGUACUGCACGGCCUAAGCCUCGUAAGGCUAGAAAAAGAAUAUCUGACAGAAUUGCUGAGUCCUCCAUAACUGUGCAGGGUGCCAGGACAGAUGGCAAAGGUACUUCACAAUCCAGCAGUAUCAGCAUCAGUUCAGCUACAAGUAUAAACUUUGAACAGGACCCCGUCAAGUAUCGACGCAGUAUGAGCGCUGUCUAUAGGAUGCAGGAGACUUUAAGACAAAAACAGAUUAAAUAUAAAGAAGAAAGAGAAAGCCGUAGAGCAAACAUUGAUUCACUGUAUGAAUAUGUAUUUGGGAUAUUAGCACAUAGACUUGACUUGGAAUACACAGCUGUGGUAGAGCUUGUAUUGGAUGCUCCAUCUUUUCAGGAUUUUGAUGAUUUCUUCUCCGUUGGAGGACACAGAUCACUUAUCUUUUUCUAUCAAGAAGCUGAAGUUCCAGGAAUUGAGUGUGGUCGAAUAAUUCCAGGUGCCAUAAAAAGAGGAAAGAUGAUGAGGCUUUUCUUAGGAAGCAUUGAUGACAUUUUUAAAGGAUUGUGUCUGGUUUUCAUUAGAUGCAAUAAUCAUACAGUGAUAACAAAAAAAAAUGUACACGAGGAACUACACUUUUCAGUCUUAGAUGCCACAGAAGGAUUAUUUACUGGAAUUAGUGAUUUACUGUCUAAGGCUUUUCUGCCUGUUAUCAAAGCUACAGACAACUGGGGACAUUUACACCAGUCUAAGCACAGAGACAGAGAGAAGCAGCAAUUUGUGGAUGCUAUCGAUCAGUACCUGUCUCAUUUGUUAGGAGUAAAACUAACUAUUGAGGAAGGAGUCAAGCUAAAUAACAUAGAAUCCAUCAACUUUGCUGCCAUGCAAUCCUUUGAAGGUGUAAGGGCCGCAGCAUCAGAAGAAGCUGUGGUUGCUAGAUGUGAAGAAGCAUUGGUGGUGUGGUACAGCCAGAUCCAUCAGGUUCUGUUAGAAAAUGAACAGGUAAGAAGAGAAGCAGAUGACUCCGGUCCUAUGACUGAGCUGGAGCACUGGAUAAGAAAUUAUAUGAAAUUCAACUUUAUUAUUGAGCAAGUGAAAGGCGAAAACGUUAAAGCCGUGGUUGUUGUGUUGACCAUGGCUAAAUCCAAACUUAUAAAGAUGUGGAAGGAGCUGGAUUUAAGAAUUACAAAUGCAGCAAAUGAAUCCAAAGACAAUGUCAACAUUUUAGAUGUCCUUGAGCAAGCAUGUCAGCCACUUUAUACCCUGGAUAUGGCUGCAAUGGUCCGUGGCAUUCCGAAGCUGCUAAAUGCAAUUCAGAUGAUCUACAUUGUGUCUAAAUACUAUCAAACCUCAGAACAUAUUACAUCACUUUUCAUGAAGGUUACAAAUCAGAUAGUUACUGCCUGUAAAGCGUAUAUAACUGAUAAGGAAAAACUUAACAUUUGGGAUCAGGAUGUGGGAACUGUGAUGUUAAAAAUUAAGGAAUGCACAUUUCUAAUUCAAGAGUAUCAGGAAUGUUUCCAUAGAAAACAAAAAUACUGUGAAAUUCAGAAUGAAAAACCUUUUGAAGUUUCAGAGAUCUAUAUAUUUGGAAAAUUAAAAGCUUUCUGUGAGCGGACUGAUAAGAUCACAGAAAUAAUAUCAAUCGUGAAAACCUACUCAGCUUUAGGCAAAUCUAAAAUUGAAGGAAUGGAUUGCUUAGAUUUAAAGUUUAAGCAUAUUUACCAGAACUUUAAAAAGAGGACUUUGAAUAUUCUCAACAUGAAGAAGACAGAAUUUGAUGCCAAUUUUACAGAAUUCAUGGGACAGAUCAUUGAUUUUGAGGAGCAGAUUCAGGACUUUAUGAGUAACUCUAUUAGAAGAAUCAGGUCUCCACAAGAAGCGGCCCAGCUUCUACAGAGGUUUCAGAAGCUGAACAUUCCCUGUUUAAAAUCUGAAAUACCCAAAAUUAUUAAAUGUAUUCUUCAUCAUUACAUGGAGAUGCUUCAGGCCACUGUAACAGUCUAUGAAUGUUACAAGGAGGAUCCUCCAAUUUUCAAGAGCAUGCCCCCUGUAGCCGGACGGAUCCUAUGGUCAAGACAUCUGUUCAGCAGGAUGCAUGUGCCAAUCACAUAUCUGAAGAACAAUUCCGACAUAUUGUCUGGCACUGAGGGUGAAGCUGCUGCGCGGCUCUAUAAUAGUAUCGCGUGCGUGUUGGUGAAAUAUGAAGUUUUACUUCACAGAAUCUGGUGUAAUGAUGUCCCCUCCGAGCUGCAAGAUGCGCUGCAGGCAAAUCUAUUGGUUCACCACCCUGAAACCAAACAGUUGAUGGUUAAUUUUGAUAAUAAAAUUCUACAGAUUUUACAAGAAACAAAGUACAUGAUGAAGAUGGGUUUAGAUGUUCCAGAAGAAGCUGAAGAGUUUUUGAAAAUAGAUGCCAAACUUAAGUCAAAUCAUCUCCAGCUAGAGAAAUUGGUUAAAACCCACGAGACUAUAUGUGGUCAGAUUCUCCCUGCUUUUACAAAGGUGUUAUCUGGGAAAAUAAAUAAGGUGGAGUCCACUUUUUUCACGGGCCUCUCUAAAUUAACGUGGUCAUCUUUUGCACUUGAACGAUUUUUUGAAGAUUUAGACACCAAUAUUCAAAUUGUCAGUCAUCUUAUAAAUCAGGUAAAUGACAUACAAAGAAUUUCCAUAGAUGCAGCGUUGAAGGAUAUAGCAGAGACCUUAUUGAUAAAGUUACCUGAAGAUGGACCAACCAGAAUAGAAAAUAUACUUGCCAGUAAUGAGAUUUACACAAAAAAGAUGGCAAAAUAUCUGAACCACAGGAGUGAACAGGUAGAGCAAGCCGUGGAAGAGAUUGUUCAUAUAUUUAAAACUGUGCGUGAACCAAAUCGUGCAACAAGUAUGAAGACAAGAAAAAAGAAAGAAACAAGACGUGUUGCUUUUACUGACACAGACAAAUAUGAAGAGACCUUAGAAGAACAGGCAAAGGAUGAAGAAUUUAGUAAGCAAUGCCAUGAGGUGUACGCUUAUUUUACGGGGCGACUAGUGGACAGUCUGCAGCAAUGCACUUGCUUUUCGCUUGAUUAUCUAAAAAGAAAAUUAUUUGUUUCCAGUGCUUUUGAUUAUAGAGAUUUUCUCUCUCUGCCUGUACGAAGAGAUGAUCCCGCACCCUUCCUGAUAGCACAGGUCCACCUUGUGAUGGAUAACAUUGUGAUGCUUCCAAGUCUAGAUAACAUACAGCAUGCCAUACACCAUUUAGUAGAGACAACACUGGAAGUAAGCCGCGGUGUCUAUCAGUGGGAGAAGUGGAAGGUGCCAGAAGUUACUUCUGUUCAAGAGUUUUCAGGUUUACCUGGUAUUAUUUCUGGGCAGCAAAAAAAGGCAGAAGAAGAAAUUAAAGAAGAGGAAAGGCCAAAAAGGAACUUCUAUUCAUCUGUUAUUGAGGGUACAACCAUUCCAAAGCUUGAUGUACUUGUGUCUACUUCUGUGAAUUCCCUUAGAGAAAAAGUUAGUGAUGCACUUAGAGGGUUUGAAAGAUACAGAACACUUUGGACAGAAAAUAGAGAGUUAAAAGUAAAGGAAUAUGUGACUGAAAACCAAUCACUUGAUGAAAUUAAAGAAAGAAUCUUAUAUUAUUACAUGCUAGAACAAGAUGUCAGUGAAAUAAACUCAGCCUUACAUGUAGGAUUCAUUGAACUGAACACAGCUCCCAUAAAAAUGUCCAUAUCUGCUGAGGCCAAAGCUUGGAAACUGCUGCUAUGUAAAUCCUUGAAUGAGGAGUACAAGAUGAAGAUGGUGGAAAUGUCAGAAUUCAUAAUUGAACAUAUGAAAAUAUUAUCUCGUCCGAUUCUUGAUUUAGACGACGCACGUUGUGCAAUGGAGGCUCUGACCAUUAUCAGAGAAAAUGAGAUCCAAAUCGACAACAGUGUGGGACCAGCAGAGGAAGCGUACGCAAUCUUAAGUCGAUUUCAAUUUGAUUUUACAAGAGAAGAACAUGAAGUUGUUGACACUUUGAGAUAUUCUUUUAAUAAACUUAUUUCUAAAGCAGCAUCUGUUCAAGAUGAGUUGAUUUGUAUACAACCGGAACUUAAAAGAAAGCUCUUAGAGUCUGUAGAAAUUCUUCAGAAUGAUAUGGUGGCGUUUGACAAUGACUAUGAAAAGGAAGGACCAUUGGUUCCAGGUAUAACAUGUAAAGAAGCCAGUGCAAGAUUACAGAUCUUCCAGAUGCGUUUUGAUGAUCUUUGGAGAAAAUAUGUCACAUGUUCUUCUGGAGAACAGCUUUUUGGUUUACCUGUGUCUGACUGGGACAUUCUACACAAAAGAAGGAAGGAGCUGGAGCUUCUCCAGAAGCUGUAUGCAUUAUAUGAUACACUGAUGAACAGCAUAAGUGGAUACUAUGAGACACUCUGGAUAGAUAUAAACAUCAAGAAGCUUUAUGCAGAGCUGCAGGAUUUUCAGAAAAAAUGUGAUAACCUCCCUGAGGGCUUAAAACACUGGCAAGCAUUGCGGGAUCUUAAAAAAACAAUAGACGAUUUCAGUGAAUCUUGCCCUUUGUUAGAAAUGAUGACAAAUGACGCCAUGAAGAAACGGCACUGGGACCAUAUUGCCAACCUUGUAGGACGCAGGCUCAAUGUUCAGUCUGAUUCAUUUUUCCUUGGUGACAUUAUGGAGGCCUCAAUUCUUCAGCAUAAAGAUGAGAUUGAGGAUAUUUGUAUAUCAGCUGUGAAGGAGAAGGACAUUGAAAGUAAACUGGCCCAGGUGUCUAACGUCUGGAACAAACAGGUUUUAAAGUUUUCAUACUUAAAAGGCAGAGGAGAAGUAUUAAUAGAAGGAGCAGAAACUGCAGAGAUCAUUGUUACAAUUGAGGACAGUCUGAUGGUUCUUGGGUCAUUACUUAAUAACAGAUACAAUGAACAUUUUAAGAAGACCAUUCAGGGCUGGAUCCAGCAGAUGAGCGCAUCAUCCGCCAUGUUAGAGGAGUGGUUACAGGUUCAGACCCUCUGGAUUUACCUGGAAGCUGUUUUUGUUUCUGGAGAUAUAGCCAGCCAAUUACCUGAGGAAGCCAAAAGGUUCAAGAACAUAGACAGGACGUGGAUGAAGCUGAUGCAGCAAGCUCAUGACAAAGCCAGUGUCAGUCAGUGCUGCGUUGGAGAUGAGGCCUUGAUACACAUCCUUCCUUAUCUACAUGAACAGCUGCAGAUCUGUCAGAAGUCACUCACAGGGUGUUUGGAGCAAAAAAGAUUAAUUUUUCCAAGAUUUUUUUUCGUAUCUGACACUGUACUUUUGGAGAUUUUGGGAAAAGCAAGUGAUUCACACAACAUUCAGCCUCAUCUAGCUGCACUUUCUGCAAACAUCAAUGAGGUUGAGUUCUCUGCUACGCACUAUGACCAGAUCUUAUCUGUUGUCUCUAGGGAAGGAGAAGUCAUUAAGCUGGACCGUCCUGUUCAGGCUCGGGGUCCAAUAGAGUUGUGGUUGGGAGAGCUGCUCCUCAUGCAGCAGAAUUCAUUACAUGGGGUCAUAAGAUCAGCAUACUGCCAGAUUACGGAUGGUGGAUGCCAGUUUGUCAACUUUUUUAAUGAUUUUCCAACACAGGUCGGCAUCUUAGGCCUUCAGAUUUUAUGGACACAUGAUUCAGAAGAAGCUUUGUGCACCAUAAAGGAACAUAGGAAAGUCAUGCAAAGCACAAGCCAGAAAUUUAAUGAAAUCCUGUUUAAAUUGAUAGGUCAGACAGUCUGUGACCUUAAAAUAUAUGAAAGAAUCAAGUAUGAAACUCUAAUCACAAUUCACAUAAACCAGAGGGACGUCUUUGAUGACUUGGUGAAUAUGCACGUCCAAUCGGCAAAUGACUUUGAGUGGCUGAAACACAGUCGGGUCUACUUUAAGGAAUGGCUGGACAAAGUCAUUGUAUCCAUCACAGAUGUUGACUUUGUGUAUCAGAAUGAGUUUCUGGGCUGCACUGAGCGCCUUGUAAUCACACAACUAACUGAUCGAUGUUAUAUUUCGCUGGCUCAGGCUAUAGGGAUGAACAUGGGAGGAGCUCCAGCUGGUCCGGCCGCCACUGGGAAAACAGAAACUGUGAAGGACAUGGGAAAAGCUUUAGGGAAAUACGUGAUCGUGUUCAACUGUUCUGAUCAGAUGGACUUCAGGGGACUAGGAAGAAUCUUCAAAGGUCUCGCUCAGUCGGGGUCCUGGGGCUGCUUGGAUGAAUUGAACUGUAUUGAGCUCCCGGUGCUGUCAGUGGCCGCACAACACAUUUAUAUUGUCCUUUCUGCACAAAAAGGAAGGAGAGAACAGUUUCACUUCAGCGAUGGAGACAUUGUUUACCUAAAUCCUGAAUUUGGAAUCUUUUUGACAGUGAAUCCCAGGUAUGCUGGCCGUCAGGACCUCCCUGAGAACCUGAAGAUACAAUUUAGGACUGUAUCUAUGAUGGUACCUGACAGAAAGACUAUAAUAAGAAUAAAGCUCGUCAGCAGUGGGUUUGUAGACUUUGUGUCCUUGUCUCAGAAGUUUUAUGCUCUGUAUAAACUCUGUGAAGAGCAGCUAUCGAGACAGGUUCAUUAUGACUUUGGCUUGAGAAACAUCCUGUCAGUUUUGAGAACAAUAAGUGCACUGAAAAGAGAAAGAGCAGAUGUGAGUGAGUCCAGUAUCGUGAUGAGAGGGUUGAGAGACAUGAAUGUUUCUAAGCUGGUUGGUGAUGAUGAACCCCUCUUCCACAGUCUGAUCAAUGACCUCUUCCCGGGCAUUCAGUUAGACAGCAAUUCAUACACAGAACUUCAAAAUGCUGUUUCAAACCAAGUGAGACUUUCUGAAUUGGUAAAUCACCCUCCUUGGAACCUGAAACUUAUCCAGCUGUAUGAAACAGCUCAGGUACGUCACGGGCUGAUGACACUUGGUCCUAGUGGUUCUGGAAAAACUUCUCUCAUCCAUUUACUCAUGAAAGCCUUAACAGAAUGUGGGCUUCCUCAUCGGGAGGUGCGUAUGAACCCAAAGGCCAUUACUGUGCCUCAGAUGUUCGGACGCCUAGAUACAGCAAGCAAUGACUGGACAGAUGGAAUAUUUUCUACACUAUGGCGGAAGAUGCUGAAAAGCAAAAAAGGUGAAAAUGUCUGGAUUGUCUUGGAUGGUCCUGUAGAUGCCAUAUGGAUUGAAAAACUCAGUUCAGUGCUGGAUGAUAAUAAAACUCUCACACUAGCAAAUGGUGAUCGGAUUCCAAUGGCUCCAUGCUGCAAACUGCUCUUUGAAGUGGAUAGUAUAGAGAAUUCAUCACCUGUAGCAGUAUCCCGCAUGGGCAUGGUCUUCCUGAGCUCAUCGGUUCUCAGCUGGAGACCAAUAGUAAAGGCUUGGUUAAAUAAACGUUCUGCCAAAGAAAGAGAUAUUUUCCAAGCCUUGUAUGAUAAGAUAUUUGAGGAUGCUUAUACGUAUGUGCAUCUGAAUCUUCAUCCAAAAAUGCAGCUUCUAGAGUGCAAUUACAUCAUGCAGUCCAUAAGUCUAUUAGAGGGCUGUAUUCCUACAAAAGACGAAUGCGCUGCUCCAGACCUCGGCCACCUUCACAGACUAUUUGUCUUCGCUCUCAUGUGGAGUUUAGGGGCACUUCUCGAGCUGGACAGUCGUGAGCGUCUAGAAGCCUUCCUUAAAAACCAUGAAAGCAAAUUGGACUUACCAGAAGGUGACACAGGGGCUCGCCAAUCAAUGUUUGAGUUCCUAGUAAAUGAAAAUGGUCAAUGGGAGCACUGGAGUAAAAGAGUGUCACAAUAUUCUUAUCCAAAGGAUUACAUUCCAGAUUACAAAUCCAUAUUGGUUCCAAAUAUUGACAAUGUUCGGACUCAGUUUCUAAUUGACACAAUUGCAAAACAACAAAAAGCCGUUCUACUGAUCGGAGAAACUGGCACUGGGAAGACUGUGAUGAUAAAAUCUUACAUGAGCAGAUACAACAUAGAAGAACAUGUGUCAAAAUCAUUAAACUUCUCUUCAGCAACUGAACCCGGGAUGUUUCAGGGAGCGAUAGAAAGCUUUGUGGACAAGCGCAUAGGAAGCACAUACGGGCCAAUAGGAGGUAGAAAAAUGACCGUGUUCAUUGACGACAUUAGCAUGCCGGCUGUGAAUGACUGUGGAGACCAGGUAACAAAUGAAAUAGUUUGCCAGAUGAUGAAAAUGAAGGGGAUGUACAGCCUGGUGAAGCCUGGAGAUUUUAUGACGAUCACUGAUGUGCAGAUCAUAGGGGCAAUGAUACAUCCAGGAGGAGGACGGAAUGAUAUCCCACAGAGGUUAAAGAGACAGUUCACCAUUUUUAACUUCACAUCACCCUCCAAUGCGUCUAUCGACCAAAUAUUUGGAGUCAUAGGAUGUGGCUAUUACAAUUCCUGUAGAAACUUUAAAGCAGAAGUCUGUGAUCUGGUAAAAAAGUUGGUGCCGGCUAGUAGAGCUCUGUGGCAGAUGACAAAGGUAAAAAUGCUGCCUACACCUUCUAAAUUUCACUACAUCUUCAACCUACGAGACCUUUCCCGAAUUUGGCAGGGAAUGAUAAGUAUCAAGGCCGAGAAAUGCACCACUGUAUCCCAGCUCCUUGCUCUGUUUAAGCAUGAAUGCCAGAGGGUUAUUGCUGACAGGUUUGUUUGCUGUGAAGACCACGACUGGUUUGAUAAAUCUCUUGCACAAGUUAUAGCAGAAAAUGUGGAUGUGCAGUUUGUGUCAGAAGUUCAGAAUGAUUUCCAUUUUGUGGAUUUUCUAAGGGAAGAGCCUGAACCUGUAGGAGAAGAGCUAGAAGAACUUGUGCUAAAAUCUCCAAAAUUAUAUCAGAUGGUUCUCAGUUUUGACGUUCUGUCUGAACAACUGAAGCAGUAUCAGACACAACUAAAUGAUGAUCAAGGAUCUUCCAUGGAUUUGGUGUUUUUUAAAGAUGCAAUAAUACAUCUCAUCAAGAUUUCACGCAUCAUUCACACCAACUGUGGAAAUGCUCUGCUAGUAGGAGUUGAUGGGUCAGGAAAGAGAAGUCUGUCACACCUAGCCUCAUUCAUUGCAGGAUAUAAAGUCUUCCAGAUUGUUCUUACCAGAUUUUAUGGAGUAUCUAACCUGCUAGAGGACUUAAAGCUGCUCUAUAAAACAGCUGGAGCUGAAGGAAAGGGAAUCUCGUUUAUUUUUACGGAUCAUGAUAUAAGAGAAGAAGCCUUUUUGGAAUAUAUAAACUAUAUUCUUUCUUCAGGAGAGGUUUCUGGUUUGUUUUCUCGGGGAGAAUUGGAAGAGGUCACUCAGUCUUUGCUACCAGUAAUGAAGGGGGAAUUUCCACGUCAGCCCCCGACCUUCGAUAAUCUGUACGAAUAUUUUAUAUCCAGGUGUAGGAAAAACCUGCAUAUUAUCCUCUGCUUCUCACCUGUUGGGGACAAGUUCCGGACACGGUCUCAGAAGUUUCCUGCUCUCCUCUCUGGCUGCACCAUGGACUGGUUUAGCCUCUGGCCGAGACAAGCUUUAGUAGCCAUCUCCAGUUACUUUCUAUCGGGACUUGAGUUUGCAUGCAGCUCAGAAGUUCAAUCGCAUGUGAUGGAGGCAAUGGGUGUAUUUCAUGAAAAGAUGUCAGAGAGCUGUGAGAGUUUCUUUCACCGGUUUCGGAGAAGGGUUCAUAUAACCCAAAAAUCCUAUCUAUCAUUUAUACAUAGCUACAAAAGUGUCUACGCUGAAAAAUAUAACAACAUCAAUGAGCAGACCGAGCGGAUGAACAGAGGACUGUCUAAAUUAAUAGAAGCCAAUGAAUCUAUAAGAAAUGUAUCUAAGCAGCUUGAAGCAAAGGAGAAAGACUUGGCCCUGGUAUCUGUAAAAGCUGAAAAAGUGCUGGAAGAACUGACCUUAACUGUUCAAGAAGCAGCAAAAAUAAAGAUCAAAGUCCACCUGGUAAAAGAAAAAGCUCAGAGCAUUGUGGAGAAAAUAGAGAAUGAGAAUUAUACAGUGGAAAAAAAACUGGAGGCCGUAAGACCAACACUAGAGGAGGCAGAAGCUGCAUUAAAUAGAAUCAAACCCACAGAUAUUUCUGCAGUUCGAAAACGUGCAAAGCCACCACACUUGACCAUGAGGAUCAUGGAUUCCGUCCUCCUUUUACUGCAAAAGAAGCUUGAUCCAGUAGUCAUAGAUCCUGAAAAACGCUGCUGUAUGCCUUCCUGGGGAGAGGCCUUAAAGCUCAUGAGCAAGUCUGAGUUCCUGCCGUCCCUUAAGCAAUUCCAGAAGAACUCUAUUAAUGAGGAGAUGGUGGAAUUACUGCAGCCUUAUUUUCAGAUGCAAGAUUACACAAUGGAAAAUGCAGGGAAGGUCUGUGGAAAUGUUGCUGGUCUCCUGUCAUGGACUCAGGCGAUGGCAAAAUUUUAUGAAGUCAACAAGGAAGUCCUGCCACUAAAGGCAAACCUGAUCAAGCAGGAUCACCAUCUACAAGCCACUAACUGUGAAUUGUCAGGGGUGCAGCUGCAACUGGAUAAAAAAGAAGAAGAGCUUUAUAUUGCACAGGCCAAAUAUGAUGGAGCCAUGUUAGAAAAAAUGAAUCUCCUCAGUGAGGUUGAAAUUUUCAGAAAGAAAAUAGAAGCUGCAUCAGCCCUUAUAGAUGGGCUCAAUGGAGAGAAGAUUCGGUGGACUGAACAGAGCGAAGUGCUUAAAACUCACAUGAACAGCCUCGCUGGCGAUGUCCUCGUAGCAACCGCCUUCCUGUCAUACUGCGGACCGUUUAAUGAAGCAUUCAGGAAUCUCCUACUAAAGGAUAUUUGGGUAAAGGAAAUACGAAGCAGGAACAUCCCGUUGUCAGAGAACCUAAGCGUGGUGUCCGUGUUAGUAGACCAGCUGACGGUGAGUGAAUGGAUCCUGCAGGGUUUACCAGGAGAUGAUCUUUCUAUCCAAAAUGGUAUAAUCAUCACUAAGGCUGCAAGAUAUCCUCUACUUAUUGACCCGCAGUCUCAAGGGAAGACAUGGAUAAAGAACAAGGAGAAAAACAAUGAACUUCAGGUGACUUCCCUCAACCACAAAUGUUUCCACAAUCAUUUGGAGGCCUGUCUGUCAUUAGGGAGGCCUCUGCUCAUCGAAGAUAUUGGAGACGAACUGGAUCCCUUCUUGGAUAAUGUUUUAGAAAAGCACUUUGUUAAAUCUGGAUCCUCCUUAAAGGUAAAAGUUGGUGAUAAAGAAUUUGAUGUAGUUGACAAGUUCAGACUCUACAUAACCACCAAGCUGCCAAAUCCUGUCUUCACUCCAGAAAUUAAUGCAAAAACCUUACUCAUUGACUUCACGGUUACUAUAAAAGGACUGGAAAACCAGCUGCUGGGUAGAGUCCUCUUUUCUGAGAAGCAGGAGCUGGAGGCAGAGAGAAUCAAACUGAUGAAACAGGUUAAUGUGAAUAAACGUAAAAUGCAGGAGCUGGAGGACAGUCUUCUCUAUAGGCUUAGUGCAACUACAGGAUGUUUAGUUGAAGAUAAAUCUCUGAUGGAAAUUCUGAGAAUUACUAAGCAAAGAGUCAAUGAAGUGAGGGAGAAGCUGCACAUCGCCACCGACACAGAAGCGCAAAUCAUGGAGGCUCGGGAGGAAUACCGUCUAGCAGCCGCACGGGGAAGCCUCCUGUAUACCCUGAUGACAGAGAUGAACGCGGUCAAUGUUAUGUAUAACAUGUCACUUCGCCAGUUCUUCAAGCUGUUUGAUAGAUCCACAGCCAGAUCAGACAGAAGUCCCCAUUCUCAAAAAAGAAUCAGAAACAUCACUGAAUAUUUAACCUAUGAAGUUUUUAGAUAUUACACCAGAGGUUUGUAUGAGAGGCAUAAAUUCCUGUUUGCUUUGCUUCUGACACUGAGAGUCGACCUCCAGCGAGGAUACAUCAAACACAAGGAGUUCCAGGCUCUUCUUCAGGGUGGAGCUGCUCUCGACCUAAAAGCAUGUCCUCCAAAGCCUUACAAGUGGAUCCUUGACACGACCUGGCUGAAUCUUGUAGAAUUGAGCAAAUUAUCUCAGUUUUCAGAGAUCAUGACUCAGGUCACCCAGAAUGAAAAAGCUUGGAAGAAUUGGAUGGAGCGUGACUUCCCUGAAGAGGAAAUCAUUCCUGAUGGAUACAAUAAUUCCCUGGAUAGUUUCCAUAGACUUUUACUUAUCAGGUCUUGUUGUCCCGAUCGCACGCUGCCUCAAGCUCGGAAAUACAUUAGAGAUUCCUUAAAUGCAAAGUACAUAGAACCAAACAUUCUAAACCUUACAAGCACCUGGGAAGAAAGCGACCCUCGCACUCCACUCAUCUGCCUCCUCUCCAGGGGUUAUGAUCCAACAAAUCACAUUGAUGCACUUGCAAGGAAGCUGAAACUUGAAUGUAGGGCUGUAUCAAUGGGACAAGGACAAGGCAUCCUCGCACGCAGACUCAUACAGAUGUCUAUGCAACAGGGAGGAUGGGUCCUGCUUCAGAACGGUCACCUGGACCUUGACUUUAUGGUUGAAUUGCUGGAAACCAUAGACUCCUCGGCAGCCGCUCAUGAGACGUUCCGGGUGUGGAUGACGACGGAGCCGCACGGACGGUUCCCUAUAACUCUGCUGCAGACUUCAAUCAGUUUCACCCAUGAGCCCCCGCAGGACCUACGUGCCGGCCUGAAGAGAACAAUUUCCGCGAUGAGCCAGGAUUUACUAGAUGCCAGCAGCAGCCCAAUGUGGAAGCCUCUGCUGUACACCGUGGCCUUUCUACACUCUGCCGUGCAGGAAAGGCGCAAAUAUGGUCCUCUUGGCUGGAAUAUUCCAUAUGACUUCAACUCUGCGGACUUCACAGCGAGCGUUCAGUUCAUACAGAAUCAUCUGGAUGAGUGCGGCAUCAGGAAAAGCUUGUCGUGGAGUGCGGUGAGGUACAUGAUUGGAGAAGUACAAUAUGGCGGGCGUAUCACCGAGCAUUAUGAUAAACUCCUCCUCAACUGCUUUGCCAAGGUCUGGUUCAGCGAGAAAAUAUUUGAUCCGACCUUCUGUUUCUAUACCGGAUAUAAGAUCCCUGAGUGUAAGAAUGUGGAGCAGUACGUCAAUUACAUCCAGUCUCUGCCGGUGGUCAACUCCCCUCAAGUGCUCGGUUUGCACCGCAAUGCUGAUAUUACAUAUCAGAGCAAAGCAGCUGCUGACAUCCUAAACACCAUAACCAACAUCCAGCCCAAGGAAAGCCAUGGGGAUAUGGGCGAAACUCAAGAAACUGUAGUAUAUGGCAUAGCUGAGGACAUGUUGGAGAGGCUGCCCUUGGAUUACAUUUCUCAUGAGGUGACAGCGCAGCUGCAGAGGACCGGAGCGCUCAACCCUAUUAAUAUGUUUCUUCGCCAAGAAAUAGAUCGGAUGCAAAAGGUCAUCUCGAUUGUAAGGAGCGACCUGAGUGACCUGAAGCUAGCGAUAGAUGGGACAAUUAUCAUGAACGAGACUUUUAGAGAUGUCUUAGAUGACAUGUACGAUGCUCGAAUUCCCAGAGUCUGGAGCAAAGUGUCCUGGACUUCAUCUUCGCUUGGAUUGUGGUUCAGCGAGCUGCUGGAGAGGAGCUGUCAGCUCACAUCGUGGAUUUAUGAGGGAAGGCCGAACGUCUUCUGGAUGACGGGGUUUUUCAAUCCACAGGGAUUUUUGACUGCUGUAAUUCAAGAAGCUGUUCGAGCACAUAUGUGUUGGGCUCUGGACUCUAUGACUGUGGAAAAUGUGGUAUUAAGACAGAUGAAGGAAGAAAUCACCACUCCACCAUCUGACGGGGUUUACAUACAUGGUCUUUUCCUGGAGGGAGCCGGUUGGGACAGAAGGAACAGUAAACUGGUAGAGUGCACCCCCAGGGUCUUGUUCACCAUGCUCCCGGUGGUGCACAUAUUUGCAGAUCAUUUGCCCCUGGUAAGAGAUCCCAGUGUAUACACAUGUCCUGUGUAUAAGAAGCCUGAGCGGACAGAUCUUACUUAUGUGACCUCUAUAUCUUUGAAGACCAGUCUGCCCCCUGACUACUGGAUCCUGCGGGGAGUAGCCGCUCUGUGCGACAUCAAGUGAUCCAUCCAGGUGGCCGUAGUACUUCACAUGUGGUAACUGAGGCUCCUCUUUUGUGUUCAUGUUUUCAUUUCUUUAAACUGUUAUUUAGAAUGGUUCAAAUAUUAAAGUUAAAUAAAAGUUCACAUUACAAGAAUUUCAUUGCGGCCUAUAAUAAAUACAUUAAGAGAGGGCGGUCAUCUCAU